GGCCCACUGCUGGUCGCAUAGAGCUGAACUGCGCCUGCGCGUAAGAGGAGUGUCCGUGUGCACGCGCUCUUACCUCCUACCAUCCAUCUGAUCUGGACUCGCUGUGUUCGCUGACUCAGUGCCUUAAGCAACAUCCCUGUUCACCCGAAUACAGCUCCACAAUCCUCUGCGGAGAAAUACCAUCCAGCAUGGCCAAAACAGCAGCAGCCUACAAAGAAAAGAUGAAGGAGUUGUCUGUCUUCUCCCUCAUCUGCUCCUGUUUUUACCCAGAAUCUCGCAAGAACCUCAUUUGCGAAUUUGAAGACAUGGAGGUGAAACCCAUAGACAAGCGAGCAUCUGGACAGGCUUUUGAGGUGAUUCUUAAGCCCUUAUCUCCGGUGUCAGAGGUGUCCCCCGGUCUGCCCUCUCCACCCAAGCGGGACAUCUCACUGGAGGACAUCGAGAAGAAGCUCGAGGCAGCAGAGGAGCGGAGGAAGUCCCAGGAGGCUCACGUGCUGAGGGUCUUGGCUGAGAAGAGGGAGCACGAGCGGGACGUGCUGCUCAAGGCCAUGGAGGAGAACAGUAACUUCAGCCGGAUGGCCGAGGAGAAGCUAAUGAUGAAGAUGGACCAGAUCAGGGAGAACCGCGAAGCCCACCUGGCCGCCAUGAUGGAGCGUCUACAGGAGAAGGAAAGACAUGCCGCGGAGGUGCGCAGGAACAAAGAGAUUCGGGAGGAGCUGACAGCAUGAGCCCAGUGCUUCUACAGUGAAACUCCAUCUCCCUGAGUCCUGAACAUCACCUCCUCCACACAGCAUCACUAGUACAAACACUUUCAGUCUUAUUUAUGGAUACAACUACAGUAACAAUAAAUACAACCAAUUAGAGUAGAGAGUAUUAUUGAGUAUUUAUCUUGACUGAUUUAUUCAUAUCUGAGUGAAGUGCAUUAAAUGUACAACACAGUAUUUUUUACUUUGUGGAUAUUUAUUUCAUUUAUUGAAAGGCCUUUGAUGGGUGCAUUGGCGCUAGACUGACUGUGUUAUGUCAUGAUUAUGUAUGAUCAUGUGUUUUUUGUGAAAAACGAUGGUUGGUGAACUGUAGAUAACAGACUUUUCUCACUGUCUCAUCCAUAUCCCCACACUUACAUGGAAACAAAAAUGCCAAACACAUUUAAACGUGUCCACUUUCUCUAUAGAUAGACCUUGAGGUGCUUUAGUAGAAUCAAGAAUGUUUCUGCCCAAAGGGAGCAGCUCUUUGUACACCUGUUUUUUUUUCACCGUCCUUUGUCAUUUUGCUCAAUAAUUUUGUAAAAUAGGCUACACUGUAUUUGAGAGGUCAUUGAUGGAUUGUUAUGCCACACUAAAGUACUCUGAAUAGUCUUGGACAAUGGAAUGUGCUUUUUGCUCCAACCUUGGUAUUGGUAUUAGUGAAAAUAAUUAUGUCUGGUCUGGCUUUCUGAAUGUUAAUUAUCCAUGGCGCACCUGUAUUUGUGUCUGCUCCAGUCAGGGGCUUACAAAGGGAUAGAGGCAUUCUGAACUAGUCUCUUUUUAAAUUCACUGGUAUGAACACACUGCUGCUUGUAUUUCCCCCUUCAUAAACUGGCUCUGUUAAAGCUUUGAUGGAAAAAAGCAAUUGGUUCUGUAAAUCUGGCAUGCAAAUUUGGGUUACUUUCUGUGCUUAAAGGGAAAAUGUAACAGCUAAUAAAACGACAAGUUAUGUAAACAUCUUGACAA